CUUUUGACACCGCCUUACGCCUUGCCGUGCUUAGUACUCACGAAGAGUCAUCGCAUCGCAAAUUUCCUUCGUUCUUGGAGAGAGACAUAGAAUAGAGAUAGGUCCCUCUCUCUUUCUCUCCUUUUUUACACAAGCAAUUGCUCGCUCCGAAGAGAGACAUUCGUUGCCCCACGACAAGUUCGUAUCGUCGACCCCGCGGUAGGCCUAAGACCCCAGAACAUCCAACCAGGAAGACAAGAGACAACAAGAAGAAAAUGGUAAAGACAAUAAUCACUUGCGUCCGCCACGCCCAAGGCUAUCACAAUGUCUCGACGGCGAACCACGCUCUCCCUGACCCCGACCUCACCCCGCUGGGCGAAUCGCAAUGCCGCACCCUCGCGGCCUCUUUCCCUGAGCCUUCGAAAAUCACCCAUCUGGUCGCCUCGCCCCUCCGCAGAACACUCUACACCUGCCUCCUCUCCUUCCCCACUGCCGUCGCUGCCGGCCUGAAAGUGCUUGCGCUGCCCGAGCUGCAAGAGACGAGCGAUCUGCCCUGCGACACCGGCUCCGCGCCCUCCAAGCUGCAAGCCGAGUUUUCCACUGGCCAGUUCGCGGGGACCGUUGAUCUAUCGCGCGUGGAAGAGGGGUGGAACAGCAAGACUGGGCGGUGGAGCCCCGCGAGUGGUGCGAUCGAGGCGCGGGCUCGGGACGCCAGGCUGUUCCUGAGAGAGCUGGGGAAGCAGGGCGGAGACGGCGAUAAAGAGAUCAUUGUCGUUACGCACGGAGGCUACCUUCACUACUUUACAGAGGACUGGGAUGGAUAUGGCAAGUUCACGGGCACCGGGUGGGCGAAUACGGAGUUCCGGUCUUAUGAGUUUGUGGACAAGACGGGAGGGGACCAGAACGCGAGUCUGAUAGAAACGAAGGAGAGCAGGGCACGGAGGGUAGGGUCAACGAAGCCGCUCACUGCUGAUGAGCAGAGGGAAUUAAGAGCCUCCGCUGAGCGAGCUGCGGCCGAUCAGGGGUUCGUGAACGGUGGGGAUAAUGCUAAACUGUGAUCGCGGAGAUAGAGGGAGAGAUCGAGUACUUUGGUUUGGCUUAAAGGUAUACCCUCGAUACAAAGACUAGAUAUAGAUGGAAAGAAAUUCCAAUAGUAGAGCUCGUGAAUUUUUGGCAUACGCCAGACCGAGUAUCCACGCAUGUAUACAGGAAAAGAUCCAUGGAUUCUGAUUCCGUAUGUGUCGUACUGCAUCCCCCAGAAACUACCACGGCUCUCGAAUAGAUAUCGAACAUCGCGGUAAAGAUAUAGUGACAGAAAGAGAGGGUGAGAAACUGAAAGGAAAGGAAGAAGCAUCCAUUCUUCUCACGUAUAUGGCAGAGUUUCGGAAUGCUGAAGUUGGGA